GUAAGCAGAAGAAUGAAAUUCAAACAUAAAAACUAUUAAGCUGUCAAACAGUAAUUCGGAAGAACAAUAAUUACUUCGCAAUUGCGAUAAUAAAUUAUUAUUCUCUUUUUUUUUUUUUUAAAGUAAAAAUCUGACUUAACCUCUAGGAUGUUGUUUCCAGUGAAAACGUGUGGUCACAGUUGUCACAGUUUUGGAAAUUAAAUUAUUCUAAAUAAAAAAAUUAUAUACUCUAACUGUCAUAGUAAAUGAAAAAUUGAGUUAAAUAACUCUUGACACAAGAAAUAUUGUGUAAACCUAAUAAUGGCACAAUCACCGGGUUUAUUGAAUGAUAUUCAUGAAAAAAAUAGUCGCUCAUUAUUUUAUAAAAAACCAAUAAAAAAAGAUAAUUACAAUUUAGACACUGAUUAUGAUUAUUCACAUCAAGAAAAUCGAAGACGAGACUUGUUAAACCGACAAAAAGAAAGCAGAAGUGCUGUAGUGAAUUCAGCUCGUGCAAUAUUAGAAGAAGUGUUACUGUCCGAAGGUGAAUGUGACGAACCAGCGACAAUUGAUAACCAGUAUCGCUCGAAACGAAAUAAACUUUAUAUAAAUACAUUGAUGUUGUCAGAAUGGAUGAUUGAUGUACCUGAAAAUUUUUGUGAUGAAUGGUUUAUGUUACCUUGUCCAAAAGGAAAACGAGCUUUAAUUGUUGCACGUAAAGGUAAAACUCAAGUAUUUACACGACGUGGAAUUAAAAUUAUAGAAUUCAAUUCAGCGUUACCAGGAGGAAAUUAUGAGCACCACAGUAAGAAUAACACUAUAUUAGAUUGUAUAUGGGUUAAAAAAGACCAAUCAUAUUAUGUUCUUGAUGUUUUAAGUUGGUCUAAUCAAACACUAUUAGAUUGUGAUGCUGAAUUUCGCCACUUCUGGCUCAGUUCUAAACUUGAAGAAUCUCCAGAAUUCAGUGAGCAGAGUAAAUUUAAUAAAUAUCCUUUUGUGGCAUUACCAAAGAUUUUUUGCAAUGAAAACUUAUCAGAUUUUGUGCACAACUUGUCGCCUAAUCUUCCAUUAGAUGGAUUUUUAUUUUAUCAUCGUAAAGGAUUUUACAUGAACGGUCAUUCACCGCUUGUAACUUGGCUAAAACCUUUUAUGAUAUCUGAGGUAUUAGGUAUUUCGGUACCUCCUGAACUAGAUAAAAAACCAGAAGGUUACCUCGACUUUACGCAUUAUAUUCUCUCUAAAAGUCGUAGGAAAAAAAUCUUAGAAAGUUCAAAUGAAUUACAGAUGGAUGUGACAGUUAAUGAAGAUUGUGAAGAAGAGUAAUGUUAAUUAAUUAAAAUAGCUUAACUUAUUUAUUUAAAUAAUUUACAAUUUUUAUUUAUAAUAAAUUAUAGCUUAUAUUUAAUUUAGUUUUCAUGGUUAACUAACUCAACUUUUCUGUUAAAGAAUUAGCACUUGAGUUUGUAACCGAGUCAAAAUUAGUGUAUAAUAUUUGAACAGAUUUUUCAUUAAAAUAUAACAAAAUUUUGUGAAGGACAUCUGUUGUUUUGACGUUAAUCUGUAAAAAUAUUUAAGUUGAUUAAAUACUUAGAAUAAUUGCUAGUAGCUACAAAAAAACUUACUCUGUUAUCCAUUACUUUAAAAGUUGGAAAAGUAAUUCUGAAUAAUUUUAAAAGACCAAGUUGUAUACCAGCACCAACUAAUGCCUGUCCAAAUAGAAUUUCAUGAAAUUUUUUUACUUCUUCUAAUAAAACUUCUGAUCCAUUUUCA